UGACGACGUCAUACACAGGCGACACAAACAAACCUUCGUACAGAGCUAACUUAACGUUGCCGCUAGCCAUGAAUGACUACAUAACAAGGGUUCCUGCAGUACUCUGAGGGUGACAAUGAUUCCACUGAGCUACAUUCUGCUGUGCGGACAGUUCCUGCUGCUACUCACGGUUAUUCUGUUACAAUGUCUGGAAGGAAUUCACUCCCAAAACUCGUCGACCACGGAGCCUCCUGCUUCCUCUUCCGGCCAGGCAGCCACAGCGCUGCCGUUCAGCGAGCAGCCCGAAACUGUGAGAUCUGUGGAAAGUCCGAACCACACAGAGCCCUAUGAGUACAGACCCCCGUCCCCGGUCGUCCUCUGCAGCUACCUGCCGGAGGAGUUCAUCUACUGUCAGGACCCUGUAGAUCAUGCAGGCAACCACAGUGCCUGUCUGGAGAUGGGCCACGGCUGUGUUGGGUGGGGUGGCCAGACUGAAAAAGAGGUGAACUACACCCAGGUUAUGUGCACUGCACUCGAUGAAAUCGAGUGUGCCGGACCCAGAGAAUUCCUCAGAGGACACGUACCGUGCAUCAAAUACACCGGGCACUAUUUCAUCACCACGCUGCUGUACUCCUUUUUCCUGGGUUGCUUUGGGGUCGAUCGGUUCUGCCUGGGCCACACUGGCACUGCUGUCGGGAAGCUGCUCACCCUGGGAGGCCUGGGAAUCUGGUGGUUUGUGGACUUGAUCCUGCUCAUCACUGGUGGCCUGAUGCCCAGCGAUUACAGCAACUGGUGCACCUACUACUGAGAGCGAGAGCAGAGUGUGACUGAGGACUCUGGCCACUUCUCAGUCAGAUAUCAUCAGUUAAAUAUUGAGAACUCCGGGGAAUUGUCUUAGCCUGCCGUGGAUAUGAAUCUGUGAGCUGGCUUGUUCUAAGGGGAUUUACAGCUCUGCUGUGCAAAGUGGAGUCCAGGGACCUCCUGAGGACUUCUACUGAGUUCUCAGGGCUCCUGAGAAAAAUGAGGACUAAUUUGAUUUUAUUCUAAUAUCAUUCACUUGAAAUUUCCCACUCUAAGAAUGCAGAAGAAUGAAUAUUGUACUCACAGUGAUGGCAAGAUCACUUUUCUCACCUGUAGUUCAGUUCAUGUGGUCGGACGCUAGCACAACACUCCUGGUUUAAUCGAUGUACUGGGGACUGCACUCAUACGGUACGAUACACGUGUGUUACCAUGGUUACCAAAUCAUUUGCAUAAAUACAUACGUUGCUUGGUUUCUUCCUUGCCUGUUGACGAUCAGUAGAUGGGUUCAGUAUUAGUCUAGAUUUCUACUAGAGUCACAUACUGUACCAACCAUCAUAAAGCCCAGUGGUUGGUCGUUGCUGCACUAUUAGGGACUCUGCUAACCUCCUCACCACUCAAGAGUCCACAGGGAAGCGUGAGCAUGGUACAAAACACCCCCUUUCUCCAUUUCUACUUGUUUGUCACUAUAUGAUAUCCAAGGUCCAGUGUCUAUUCUAGUAACAGUCAUCAGUUAUUUCUUUAGGAGCUCUUUGUGACACUGGAGGAGAACAUAAAUAAGAACGCAGGGCUCAGUAAAGCUCAACACGACUGCUGUCAUUUUUAAACAUUGAUUUUCCCCAUGAUGGUGCAUAUAGCAAUAAUGACACAGGAUGUGUCCAAUCAGUGAGUUACCUGUAAGUUCAUAUGACUUCAUGCCUUACAGCUUUUGCUUUUUUUUUUGGAUUAUCACUGACUACCUUUUACGGGCACAAAAUAUUCCUUUUGACCUUAUUCCGAAAAAGGCAGUGUUCCUACUAGGGAUGCACAAUAUGGAUUUUUUUCAGCUG